GACGUAGGGCGCCCCGGUGGAGAAUGGCGGCUUCACACAUGUGCGGGGCGAGCACUGCGGUGCUCGAACGGUCUCGAAUUUCUGUUUUUCUCAACCCUACCCAUUGAUUCCGGCGCCUGGAUUGAAGAUUCGCGGAUUGAAACUAUGUCCGUCGAUGUGCCGGGAAGCGUCAUGAGCUGACUGAGCCUUCGCAAGCUCGGAAAAGUUAGGCCUACAAGUUUCAUCGGGGGCCUCUUCGCCUGAGAAGUGCACCGAAGCAUCCGCUGUCCUCCGAGGAUGUGUGACGAGCGGCGGUGGAGGAGGCAUGCUGCUCGGAGGACGUCUCGGAGUGCGGAGGGGCGUCGCUGAGGCAGCGGAGGCGGGAGGCGCGGCAUGGGGGAUGUCGGCUCCGAGGUGCGACAGCCCGCCGAUGGCACAGAGCGCCCCCACCACCGCGACAGGUCGCCGGGUGCCCCGCCACCGUGGGACCCCGGCAAGGUCUCGCAGACGGACCUCCGCUCCCUGCCUUCAGGAUGCAGCGGGGGAGGGGAGGAGAGGGGCCCCCAGGGGUGCCUGCGGUGGGCGUGCGACCUGCGCAGCCUGUUGUGCGACCACGAGGGACUCCAGCUCCUGGAGGCCUUCCUGGAGCAGGAGGGGGCGGACACGGGCUGCCUGUCCUUCUGGUACGCCUGCAACGGGUUCCGCUCCUGCGACGACCCGGAGGUCAAGCUGCAGUACAUGAGGAGCAUCUACAAGAACUACAUCCGCAAGCACGUGGUAGAGCUGUCGCCCGCCACGCGCGCUGAGAUAGAGGAGCGGAUCAAGGAGGGCUCGGCCAAUUCGACGACCUUCGACCGCGCCCAGCGGGAGUUCGAGUCGUUCCUCGAGCGCGACGCCUACCCCAAGUUCCUCCAGUCGGACCUCUACGUGGAGAGGGUUGAGCAGACGCACGCCCGCCUGCCGCAGGCGUCGUCGUCGGCUCCGCCCAGGGUUGCCGUCGGAAGGAGUCCUGCUGCUGCGUCCAACGUCUGCGCUGCGGUGGACAGCCAGUGCUCCGUGGCGGUUCCCGGACCGUCUUCGGGCUUGACUUGCGAGCCGGCCUCGUCGUCCGGCUGCGAAGACGGCUCGGGGCCCGUACUACUUCCGCAGGGACUAGACAUCUUGCCAACGCUCAGGGAAGACGAGGAGUUGGGACCGGAAUGGCCGCCGCCCGCGGCUGCUCUGACGCGUCGCAAUGUGCGAAAGAUGUACCGCUACAGCGAUCUGGUGCCGCGACUGGCCAAGGCAGCGUCGGAUGUCCCUGUCGCCAUGGCAGUGUCCGCACGGUCUGGAACCAGCGGCGGCGGUGUGCCAAACCCGUACCAUGUGCGCAACUCCUACUUUGUCCCACCGUCCGCCCAGGACAGCGAGUUGCACAGCCUCUCGUCAGGAGCCUACACCGAUGACACCAGCACGGAAGUGGAUGCCAAUCCACCAACGAAGGAGACGCGGAGCCAGCGGGCGAGCCAGGGGGCCGCCAUCCGCAAGAACGCCAACAUCAACCGGGACUCGCUGGGGGAGCACGUCAUCAUCCCGCGCACGCAGAUGGACCACCCGUACAGCCUGGCUGAGAAAGACCCGGCCCAGUUUGCGGCUUCCAUCAUUGAAAAGCUGCGGGCUGUCAAGAAGCAGGCCGACUGCGGGGAGAAGAUGGAGCGCUUCCACCGCGCCCAGGCUGAGGACUUCCCCAACGCCCGGCUUCCCUCCGGCGGGGCUGCGGCUACGGCUUCGGCUGUGCCCGGCCAGCAAGCCGACCCCGCGUUCUGCGCCGAGAAGUUCUUGGGGCUGGCAGGGGAGGAGGUGAACUCGCAGAGCAUCCUGGACGAGCACGUGUCGAGGGUCUUCGACUCGCCGCUGACGCAGACGCCGCCGAGGUCGACGUCGCCGCGGAGGCGGGCUGCGGCGGCAGCGUCCAUGUCGCCCUAUGCGGUGCUGGGGCACCAGCUGAAGCUGCGUAAGGAGCGUGAUGCCUGCUCGAGCGACAGCGGUGCCGUGCGGGACUUCUCCCCGGAUGAGGACGGGGUGCCACAUGGGGUGCGGAGGCGGGCCCAGGGUCCCUGUGGAGGGGGUGGCGGUGGAGGUGGCGUUCCCAACGCGCCCCUCGCGCGGGCGCCCCGUGGGGGGCCGCAACCCUCCGACUCGGGGCUGGACAGCGGCACAAGCGCCGCCUGCGAACCCCUGCCUGCGGUGCAAGGGUCUGCCGAACGGGUGAACACUUGGAUCCUGAACCACAAGGUCCCUGGGUACCCCCUCAGUCCACCGGACGGCGAGAGGGACUCCCGCUCCCACAAGAAGUUGGCUACGUCGGGCACUUCGUCGCGCUCGAAGCAGAACUCCUUGGGGCCGACACGCAGCCGGCCGUUCGGCGGCGGGAUGUCUGGAUGCGGCUCCGUCUCUGGUUCCGGCUGGGGCCCCGGGCCCGAAUCCGGAUUUCAGCCGUCCCAGCAGCAGCCUCUGGACACCAUGACCCAGCUGGUCGAAGCACGGCGGCGGCUGGAAGUCAACUACCCGCUGGCCGUGCAGCAAGCAGCUAAGACCAAGAAGUGGCCGAAGACGUCGUCCUCGUCCUCGCGCGGCUCCGUCCCAGAGCCCCUUCCCUUGGUCGGGGCCGCUGGUGGGGGCUGCACCCUAAGUGCCCCCAACCCAGGGAUCAGGGCCCCAUCUCCUCCUCUCCCUUCGGAGGCGACCGUGAUCGGCUACUGCUACUCCGGGGAGACAGUGCCCUACCGCACCAAGCUGGCCGGCCGCAACAUCACCCUCAGGCAGUUCAAGGCCCUGCUGAGCAAGAAGGGGAACUACAGGUAUUUCUUCCGCUGUUCGUGUCAUGAAUUUGGGACAGAGGUCGUGAGCCAAGAGAUCUCCGACGACAACGAGGUACUACCGCUCUGGGAGGGCAAGAUCUUUGCCACUGUGGUCCCCCUUGACUGAUGCUGUGAAUGAUUGGUCAACCAAUCACCAACUUGUUGGUUGAUCAGCGAGCCAGGAGAUCUUGAAUGACAGCGAGGCGUUGCUGCUGUGGUUGGGCAAGAUCUUUGCUGCUGUGUUCCCCCUCGACUAAUCCGGUGGUUGAUCGGUUGGCUGAUCACCGAGCCAGAUCUCGGACAACAGUGAGGUGUUGCUGAUGGGGGAGGGCAAGGUUUUUGCCACCGUGGUCCCCCUCAACUGAUGCGGUGAAUGAUUGGUCGACCAAUCAGCAGCUUGUUGGCCAAUAACUGAGCCCAGAGGUCUUUGACGAAAGUGAGGCAUUGCUGCCGUGGGAGGGCAGGAUCUGCCGCUGCGGUUCCCCUCAACUGAUGUGGUGAAUGAUUGGUCAACCAAUCACCAACUAGUUAGUGUCUGUCUAUUGGCCAAUCACGAUUUCAUCACGUCGAGUGGCAAAUCAAUCUUUAUUCGGGUCGAUUGGCUAACCACUGGUGAUCAGUCUAUUGGUCGGUCAUGGAGCGAGACGUCUGUUCUGGCAGCGAGGGUGCAGCAAAGAAAUGUUGUGUUUUCUCCUCAAACCACCUCAGCCCCCUUAUUUAUGUGUCCCUUGUUACCGUCUCAUCCUUUGUUUGUGGUCACAUUUCUUUUUUUGUUCUUGGGAGCUUUCUUUGGCACCAGGAUAUUGGCUAGUAGUGUUCGUUUGGGUUCAUUUUUGUUGUACAACAUUCUACAGAGAACUGUGCAAACUGACUGCGUCCUUACCUUUUCGUUUUGUGUUUGAAGAAAAUGGUUGUGUUUUCCGCGAAUGCUUGUGACGUUGUAGUUUUUGUUUAUAUAUAUAUAUAUAUACAUAUAUAUAGGAAAACAUCACAGUGGUGCGUGUGCAUGUAUGCAUUGCAUUUUCAGUUUUAGAAACUAGCAGCUUGGUUUAUUCCAAUUCUUUUGUGUGUGUGCGUGCAUGUGUGUGUGCAUAGACUGAAUGGGUGUGUGUUUUUGCCUGUUUGUUUUUUUAACCUUUUUUUCUACUGUCUAGUGACCAGUUUGGAGCAUGUGUAUCUACACAUGUAAGGUUUCAUGCACAUUGUGCCUUAGAACAAAAACGAAAGCAGCUACACAAGACAGCUAGCUGGAACACUGUCGAGGCUUGAAACAUUGAAAUGGAAUCGAUGGCUUCUUGUCGGAUGGCCGAAAAUUGAGAACGAAACCAUGCAAGGUGAUAUAGGGCAUGCCGCCGUAGUACUGCUUCGUUGUGAGGUUUUAAUUAAUAGUUUUGGGUGCAUUGCUUCAGAACCAUGAGUGUGCCUUUGACGUAGCCUCGUCUGCGGAAUUUUUCGUUCCCGACGCCAAAUAUGCAACGAGAUUUGUUGAAUGUUCUCGUUGAUCAAGUGUGCAGUUGUUGAAAUUGCCGCUCGAUCACAAAACAAGAGUUCCUUAUUACCUAUCUAUGCAGGGUGAUAAUUUUAUUAUUAUUUGUUUUUUUUACCCGUCCCAUUGUUUUCGUGUCAUGGGGGUGAUGAGUACAAUGCUUUUACAACAUUGCCUGUCUGGAAAGUCGACAAAGCAUCUCUAUGCACUGUUACUGCUGGCUCAGACUAGGAUUCAACUUUUUUUGUUUCUUUGUGCUGAUGGUUGUACAGAUCAGACUAUGGUGUAGUUGUGGAUUUGGAUGUAUUGAGGGUGGAAAUUUUGAGGUCUCUACACUGGAAAAGUGUUAGUUCACUCAUGAGUAUGUCGGUCUUUGUACAAGUGCCGUUAACAAUGUCUGAGACGCCACAUCUGCGCGAGACUGGAGUUUGCAAACUUGCCCAAGUGGACUGUGGACGAAUACAAAACAGUGCUUCCAGGAUUUUUCAUUCUGUGUUGAAAAACAAGACAAAAGAACACCUCUCCCUUGUAAAUAAAAGUUACAAUAUGAUGA